AGCGUUGCUCCUGCAGCCGCCACCCACCCUACCACUACCUCGCAAACCGGUUGCCCAACGGUCACGGCAACCAAGGACCUCUGCGGCACCUGCGUUGUUCCCCUGUGCCUGGUUCUGAGCACCGCGACGCAGCAGUGCGGAUGCCCUGACAAGCCGGCCACCGCAUACAAGUCGUUCCCAUGCCACGAGAAGUGCAAGGGCGUUGGGUGCUCGACGUCGUGGACCAUGGCGCCGGCGACAGGUUGCUCGACUUCGACGUCGACCAGUCCUAGCUCGAGUUCCACUUCCGCUUCAGCUUCCACGACAAGCUCCAGCUCUGAGAAGAGCACCGCCUCGUCCAGCACGACG